UCAUUCAUUCUACCCGUAGAUGAAACUGUCAAGGAUGACCCGAUAAUAUCCAGGAAGAAGGAUGUCUCAAUGCCCGUAUCAUCAAAUUGUGUCACGGUAUAUGCUACUACUUCAUCAGCAAUGUGACAACGAAGCUGGUCUCAGUGUUUGGGCUGAAGAGAGUUUUAAGCCAUUGGCUGUGGAAAUGAUUGUGCAGAGUGCCAGGAAUAUACAGAGCCGGCGAUCCCCACCCGGAUGACAUUAUGUACUGUAGGAAACAAUAUCGAUGACGGGUUCCUCUCUCACAAAGUCCCAUUGAAUUCAAAGCCCUACCGGGACGAUUUCAGAAAUAAAGGGGGCAACUCACCUUGCUUUCUUACAAAUCUGCGACGCCGUGCGCCAUGUUGAACCAAUGUUUAAGAGCUUGUUAAACUAUAUUCAGCGUUGGGUAUAUAUGCAAAACCUGAAGUAGGGGACGCUGUAACAUAAUAUUGACAAGUAAAUGUGUCAAAAUCAAGAACAACUUCCACGAUUAA